AUGGCGCCCAAGAUCCAUUUCAUAUACGUCGCAGUUUGUUUGCUUGCAUUUGUUACUCUGGUGCUGUACAGGGACGGGAAACAGAUAACGAGGUCUGCAGCUCCCGUUGGCGGCGAGUGUCGGGCGAUGUUCGAGAUCAGCAAGACGAAUGGAAGGACGUGGGGCAAAGAUGAUUCUUACGAGGCAUACACACGCCAACUACCUCCCCUUGUACACAGACGCCUCGAGCUUGCCGAUCCGGUGAUGCUCAAUUCAACCAGACUACAGCUUUUAUGGGGCGCUGUUCCCUACAUUCCUUGUAAGAUCCGCGAAUACAGCGACGCGCCCUUCCUUGCCUGCAGCGCCGCCCGAGCAGAAGCGGGAAAGACCACGUGGAUCGCCUUAGUCGGAGAUUCUCAGAUGCGGCUCAAGUUGCACCUCCUGCUCCGCGUUCUACCUCGGGGCCUCACUUACACCUUCACGAUGGAAGGGCGCCAGGUGUCGAAGGAGACGUUCGAGGAGGCGGUGGUCACCCACAAGGUGCACCCUUCAAUCUUCGAGGUGAUCGGCCACCAUCCGAGUCCCAAACUCGAUCUUCGAGAUUCUUUUCGAAAUGACUCUCUUAAAAGCGAAGAAGCAGGCGGUCCAGGGGUUUCAGAAACGUAUAUAGUGAGAGUAACUUUGGUGUGGGCGCCCCUAGGGUCCAGGAGAGGCCACCCGCUGGAUCACAACCUCGCCGUCACCACUGCCGUCCAGGAGUGGGCGGAUGCGGCCUCCAUCCCCGAUGUUAUUGUCGCGGGCUACGGCUUAUGGUUCCUGUUGAUGAAGGAAUACGAAGGCGAAUUGGUCCCUUUUACGGAAAUGGACAGACUUUCGAGACCUUUACUGUCGCCCUUCACGACGCUGGCGGCCCGGACGAAUGUCUUGUUGUGGGCGCAGAGCAGAUAUCGUGGGUUCAACUUCGAAUCCGGUCUCGAACUGCUAGAUCCCGAUCCCAUUAGUGCCUGGAAGAAGUAUUUAUACCAAGACCAGUUCGCUGGGUCUAUUCCUAUCCUCGACGACUGGCUGUGGAAUAUAUUAAGAGCGACCGGCAUGUGGCGAUGGGACACUCUCUUGCCGUUCAACCUUGCCAGUCUUAAGGAAUGCAAGUAUUUACACGCUUCUAACAUGUCACAGGAUAUGUUAUACUUGAGCCGCUGGUGGAACUGCGUAGAUUCCUUCCACACAUCGUACAGGACGGACCGAGACGAGUUCCAGCUCCUCUUGAAUUUGCUCUGCAAUCCCUACUUGGUUCCCGAAAGUGGAUAUUGUUGUUCCUAGUGCGUGUGUUUGUGUGUGUUUGUGUGUCAGAUUAGAGUGAAAUGUGAAAUGUUAAUAUGUAAUUGCUGUGAAUUAAAAUGUUAUUUUUUUAAUGGUUUUGUUUUACCUUCACUGUUAUUUUUAAAUGGU